AUGAUACGGAUAGAGGUUGUCGAGUGGAAAGAGGAUAUGGAUCUGGAGAACGAGCGCACAUUUUUCGACGCGGUUGCCAUUAUAUUCAGCACCACUGAUUUGAGGAGUUUCGACUACGCCUGCGAGGUGCAUCGCUACACCCUGGAGCAGCAGGUCGGCAUCCCGGCGCUGCUCAUCGAGAGCAAGACGGACGACGCGGCAAAUAGCCAGAUAAAUCGGGAAGAGGUGCUGAACGUCGUCAAAAGGUCGCACACGAAACUGUACAGAGUAUCCGAGAAGGAGAACUUCAACGUCACCGCCGCGUUUGCGUACUUGGUGGAGCAGGCGUUACAGAUCAAAGAAAGCGCCAACAACCGGAGUCGCGUCGAGAAGGCCCUUGAUAGUAAUUCGUGCGGCGAGAGUGUACAGGUAGAUGAGGACAGUCGGCCGGGCAGCGCAAAGAUUGAUCGCGACCGGAAGAGGUGUAGCAUCAUG